UCUUUCAUUCAUUCAUUCAACAGAUGUUCUCAGACGUGAAGUGAUGAAUUUGACCCUAUACAAAAAGAUAAUUGAUAAGUUGAAGUGAUAGCUAAACGAGAGAGAGGGCUUUCUUCUUGGUAUUGCAAAACCGGUUCUGCAAGUACCUCUACACCAUGGCGGAGCCGAGGGGAAAUCAUCUCGACAUAGAUGGGGGCCAAGUGAAGGAGGACGAGCAUAUUUCUUCCUACAAACCUUUACCGGACACUGAUUCAGCCCCGCGCGCGCCGAAGCUCACCAAGUCGCAAGAGAAGCUGUCCUCGGACGGAGCCGACGAGAAGCUACUGAAGAAGGAAGAAGAGGCUCGCAUCGUGACCCGCGUGGACAUGGCCGACGCCAAGUACGUGGUGGGCGACCACCGCAACGGAGACGCCAAGAUCGAGCUCGACGCUAACAAACGGCAAUUCUCCGGUCUCACCAAGGAAGAGCUCAUGAAGUACGCGGCCGACCCGUUCUGGGUGCGCCUGCGCUGGUUCAUGUUCGUGCUGUUCUGGCUGCUGUGGCUCGCCAUGCUGGCCGGCGCCAUCGCCAUCAUUGUGCAGGCGCCGAAGUGCGCCGCGCCCGUGGAGAAGACUUGGUACGAAAAGGGCCCGCUAGUGGACGCGUCCUCCGCCGACGCCGCCGCCCUGGUCUCCAACAACGACAUCCUUACCAACCUGCAGACCCUCAAGGUGCCCGGCAUCAUCGUGACCCAGCAAGAUGUGUACAAGGUGCUGGAGGAUGAGAGUGCUCUGGAUACGUUGAAGAGUCUGUUGAAUAAGGCUAAGGAGUUUGGUGUUAAGGUGAUAGUCCACCUGGCCCCCGCCUCCGUGGCGUCGUCUCACCGCUGGUUCCAGCAAUCUCUGAACCGCAGUGCGGAAUACGCCGGGUACUUCAUCUGGGCCAAUGGAACUGACUUCGAUGAGGCUACUGGGAAACCGAAGCCGCCUAAUAACUGGAUCUCAAAGUCCAACAUACCAGCAUGGACGUGGAGCGAGGAACGCAAAGAGUUUUACUACCAUCAAGCGGGGCCCGAGGAACCUCAACUCAACUUCACCAACCCCGACGUGGUGAAGCAGUUUGAUACCGUGCUGAAGAAACUAGUGGAUAUGGGUGUUGGUGGUGUCAGACUGGACGUCCGCGACCUGCUAGUAGACCCGGCCCUACCCGACGAGCUGAUGUCGGCCUCGAGCAACUCGCGUUCCUUUGACCACACUCAGUACCUGUUCUGGCGGCACCAGCACACGAGCGACCAGCCCGCGCUGCCCGAGCUGCUGGCGCACUGGGGCAGCCUGCUCAAUGCUGAUAGCGGCGAAACAGUCCUGACAGUCUACGAGGACGGUACCCGAGCGGCCCUUCACCUUCUACGGCCCGCCCUUCAGCUGCGCCCGGCGGCCGCGGCCCCCGUCGAGAUGGACGCGCCGCGCGCCGCUUCCCGACUGACUAGCGACCAGUGGGUUGCUAUACCAGUGCUUCCAGCGGAAGGCAAUGUCGGUAUAGAAGUGGCCGCGUUCUCGAUCCUCCUGCCGGCGUCGCCUGUCCUCAACAUCGCUCUGUUCGACAAACAGGACAACGUUACUACAGCUGCACUGUCCCACCUCUCCCGCCUCGUCAGUCUGCGUGAAGAUGCGAGCAUCGCCCACGGCAACAAGAGCAUCCUCGCCGUGCCGGCUGUGAACGGCACUGAUGAGCUUCUUGUGUGUGCCAGAUGGAAGCCAGGCCACACGGGCUACGCGGCGGUGUUCAACCCGUCGGAAGAGGAGCAGCAGGCGGACCUCAGCUCCGUGUACUCCGUGCCCACCGGGGUCACGCUGCACUACGCCUCGCUACACGUCAAGGAGGCUACCAACUACACUAUCGGUCAAGCGCUAGACAGCAGCGCUUUACUGGUUCCAGGAAAGUCUACAGUGGUCAUAUCCUACGUGCCCAAGACUACGGUAGAGAAAUAAACGCUUCCAAACAAGACAAUGUUAAACGCAUAAAGCUUGUAAACCUGCAUUGUAAGCGGUGCUUUUCUUUGCAUUUAAUUUUUAUAUUCGUGUGCGGUUUGAAUAAAAGUUUGAGCAUAUUUA